UAUUUAUGUGGGUUGGUCGCGACUUCACACACCUGUCAGAUAGGUCGUCUCAACUGAAUCAACAUGGUCAACGCUGUUGUUGUAGCGACUCUUCUUUUUGGAGGCCUGCUUAUUACAGCUGAUGAGGAUGCAAGAGUGCAGCGUUCUGCCCCUAUAUGUGGCAACUGUAAAUCUAUCUCCAACCCCCAGGACUGUAGACUCUUCAAACAAUGCCACCAUCAUCAGGUCUGCGAGACGGAAAGAGUUGGGAAUCAUUACAACCUCCAGUGUGCGGACAGAGACAAAUGCCAGGCAAUCUUGCAUGAGAAGAACAACAGGGAGAGGUUUUUAUUUACACUGUACUCCAACAUGGAUUGCUGUUCGGACGCCUUCUGCAACACUCACCUGUUUAAAGAAGACUUCACAACAACAGAAGCGGCCACCACGACGACGAUGACCACAACAACAGGAGUUCCCUGUUUUGACAAAGUUGGUAUGAACUGUAAACAGAAAGAGGUCGACAUCUGUAAAAGCGUCAACGUUGGCCAGAAGUAUUGUCCGAAAACAUGUAAACUAUGUUGACAGUUGGAGUUAUUAGUGACAUUGUUUAUCAAUAUAUUCCUCAUUUGUUGCUCAUCGAGGAAACACAAGUAAACAACUCACACACAGUA